GCCGACAAGCCGAUGGCACACGGAGAGAGUCAGCUGACUGCCACACUGCUAACCUCUGUAGUGGCGGCAGUGUUUGGCUCUCUGCAGAUCGGAUACCACACCGGCAAUGUCAACUCCCCAGCCAGAGUUAUUGAAGACUUCUUCAAUGUGACAUGGAAGUCUAGACAUAAUCAGUCCAUGCCAGAACACAGUUUGACAUUUCUGUGGGCUCUCUCAGUCAGCAUCAAGGACUUUGGAGCUCUGUUGGGGUCACUGGGGGUCAAAAGCCUGGCUGAUUCCUAUGGAAGGAGAAAUGCCAUUCUCAUAGCAAACAUUUUGUCUAUAGUGGGUGCCGGUCUGAUGUUCCUAAGCAAAGCAUCUAAAGCUUUUGAACUUCUUAUUGUGGGCCGUUUCAUUUUUGGCCUUUUCUGUGGUCUGGUGAUGAGUCUAAACCCGCUGUAUAUCCAAGGCGUGUCCCCGAUUAACCUCCGUGGUGCCUUCGCAACUCUCAACCAGGUUUCUUUUGCCUCUGGCAUCUUCCUGGGCAUGGUGGUGGGCUUAGAAACAGUCCUGGGUACAUGGAAGUACUGGGCGUUUAUGUUGUCUUUGUCCCUCAUUCCUGCUGUCCUCCAGUACUUAAUCUUACCUUUUUGUCCUGAGAGCCCUCGCUAUGUCUUUAUCAACUGUGGUAAAGAGCAAGAAGCAGAAGCUGCUUUAAGAAGGUUAAGAGGGAACCCUGAACAGGUAGCAAAGGAGAUGGAUGAAAUGAGAGAGGAAGCAGCUCACAGUGAAGCCAGAGUAACUAUCGGGGAAUUCUUCAUCAAGCGUUGCUACAGGCAGCCCAUAAUACUUGUUCUAAUCAUAAACCUGGGGAGCCAGUUAUCCGGAUUCAACGCGAUCAUAAAUUAUUCAACGAAAAUAUUUACCAAGGCCAAAUUUGAAGAAGCAAAAUAUCUAACACUUGGAGUUGGAGCUGUCAACGUGGCAUUUACCAUCGUGUCUUUGUUCUUGGUGGAGAGGGCAGGGCGCAGGAAGCUGCUCCUUACUGGCUUCCUAUUGGUAGCUUUUUGUAAUUUACUAAUGACCAUCACAGACUCCUUGCUGGACAUAGUCCUGGACAUUCGUGGGCUUCAGGUGCUUGUGGUGUUUACCCUGAUUUCAGCAUAUGAGCUGGGUCCAGGGCCCAUCUCCUGGUUCAUUGGUUCUGAGCUUUUUGACCAGCCAGCCCGGCCCAUCGCCAUGGCUUUCACCAGCAUGCUCAACUGGGGAGGGAAAUUCCUGCUAGCCCUCCUUUUCCCACCACUAUUGCACCUGUGUGGAGCUUACGUCUACCUCAUCUUCAUGUCCAUGGCCAUGAUAGCAUUUGCCUACACAAUGUUUCGCCUUCCGGAGACAAAGGGACGGACAUUUGAUGACAUCGCUGCUGAGUUUCGCGGGGCUGAGAGCAUUCCCCUGCAUAACAAAACAACUUUCAAUACUUUUACAUGAACAACGUGGCUCUUCUGGCUCAGGCACGGACUCAGCAGUCUGAUAACCC